GGUGCGGGGAGAGGAAACAGGUGGUUCUCUCUGAACUCUUCACAAAUUCUACAGGGAAAUUUGAUUAUAAAGAUUUUGUUAUUCCGACGGCGCGUACUCAAAGGAGACUAAGAAAGGCAAUCCACUCAAAGGACUUUAUCCUCAACAACUAAUUUGUCUGUUGGAACAAAAUCUUUUUUUUUUUAAUCUGUUAUUUUUCGACCUUUGAUUUUAAUAUUUAGUUUUUUAACAUGGCAAAUAAAGGACUUCAGCUUUUGGGAUUCGCCCUGUCGCUAAUUGGACUCAUAGGCUUAAUUAUUGGUACUAUUUUGCCACACUGGAAGAUGUCUGCCUACGUUGGAGAUAACAUCAUCACAGCCAUCGCCAUGUACGAGGGUCUUUGGAUGUCUUGUGCGUUUCAAAGUACAGGGCAGAUACAAUGCAAAGUCUACGACUCCAUCCUGCAACUUAACAGUGCUCUCCAGGCCACGCGAGCUCUGAUGAUCGUGGGCAUCAUCGUCACUGUUUUUGGCCUUGGCGUGUCCACUAUGGGCAUGAAGUGCACCACCUGUGGAGGCGACGACAAGUCCAAGAAGUCUCGCAUUGCCAUGACUGGUGGAAUCAUCCUGGUGAUCGGAGCGCUGUGUUCCAUUGUUGCCUGCUCGUGGUUUGCCCACAGGAUCAUCCAGGACUUCUACAACCCCUUCACUCCAGUCAACACUAAGUACGAGUUUGGCUCUGCCAUCUUCAUCGCCUGGGCCGGUGCCUUCCUGGACAUCCUGGGAGGGGCAAUGCUAGCGGCGUCCUGCCCCAGGGGCAAGUCUACACCCAAAUACCCCAUCUCCAGACCGCCCAGCAGCACUAAGGAGUAUGUUUAAGACGCAUCCUGCGACCCAAACACCGAAGGAGAUGCUCCGUUGGCCCACAGCAUUAAGGGUUGUUCAGCUGGGGGGGGGGUCUGUGGGUGUUUACCUUCAAAUGAAGUACAAUCUCUUCCCAGUUGCUCUUUAUUCAAGGUGCAUGCUAGAAGAAGCCCAGACAAAACCUGAUCCAGCGUUAAGGUUUAGGGGUGAAAUCAUUUUACUCUCCCCUACCAACAGGGACAAUGGUCUCAUAGCUAAGCUCAGGGAAGGUUCCUGUGUUUCGGUCCCAAAUGUUCUUGCAUUACCCUUUUAUGUUUUGUAAGUCUUUGUACAUAGUAGUGACAUGUCCUCCCUGAAUUGUUUUUAUUGGUAUGUUUGUGCCACAAUUAGACUUGCAUGCGGCUGAAAAGUGAUGGAUUCGGUUUUUAUCAAUAGAGGAAUUUAACGGGAAAAGCCCAGUGAGUUGAUUUUCUGUUAUAAUAAUCUGAAGCUACAAACAUUCCAAAAAAAUACAUCUCCUCAACACGUUUGAGGAAGUUUUUUUUAUAAUUUCUUCCCGACUGUCUCUCAAUGUUAAUGAUCAAACAUGAAGUGCCUUCUUUAGUUAGUCAGGUGACAAUUAUUUUUAAAUUGGUUCCAUUUUUACUUGUUCCUACACUGCUAUAAUUGCAUAAAAUCUUCAACGGCAUUGGCUGAGGUCUAAGGUUUUUUUUUAUUUUAUUUUAUUUUUUUAUUCUCCUUGUCUGAAUGAUUUAUUUUUCUUUCAGUUUGUAUAUUGUUUAUGGUCUCCCAACUGUGUAAUGACCUACUGGCUGCCAUGUUGCAUUUUCGAUUGCACUGUACUCACUACUUGUGGUAGAUAUGAACAUGUGUAAAAUAUCUGCAUUUUUAAAAUAUCAUUGGUUAUAGUGGCACAUGUUGCAGCUUUUUACUGUAAACUCCAAUCUUUUAAUGUUUUACUUGUGCUUUAAAAACCCAAAUGGGUUAGGCCUACACCUAUACAGUACCAUGCAAAGGAUCCUAAUAGUAUGAUUUGCUGCCACUGUUCAGUAAUAUUUAACUUAUGUUUUAUGCCAUUAUUGUUUUGUAGUUACUGACUUUUGUCUGUCAUAACAUUUUCUGUAUAUAAUACAAACUUAAUAAAAUUAAACUGUUCAUAAUGUU